AUGGCGGAGGGGAGCGAUGAGGAGGUGCUGCCCGUCUUCCCCUUCCUGCAGCGGCCGCUUCCGCGGGGCUCCUCGCCCUCCGGUUCGAGGGCGGGGAGGGAGGCGGGCAGCCAGGCUGCUUGCCCGGGUGCGGUGGUGGUGCUGAGCAGUGGGAGCGAGAGUGAGGAAGAGAUCGUCCCGCUGGCGGAGAGGCUGAAGGGGAAGCUGCAGGGUGGUGGGCUCUGCCAGAAGAGCGUUUUCCAAGCCCAGCAGGGCAAUGCUGCAAGUGGAGCUGAGAGAACAGGGCGCUGCCUGAGCUCCACUCUGAUUCCUGACACAGGACAGUCCCUUUCAAAGCCCUCUGAGGUCCUGAGGGACCUGUCACCGUCUGAAGAAGUGUCGCAGAGUUGCCAGAAUGGUGCUGUAUGCAGUUCUGGGAAGUCAUCCUCAUGCCUGCAAACAGACUGUUUGUCUAACUCGGCAGCGCAAAGUAGCAGGUUGGCAGGUAAAGACGCAAGUGUGGGAGCAUCUCCCCCUCCAAAGAGGUCAAAAUAUAGUCAGAAGGAAAGAGAGGCAGCCUCUCAGGCUGCGUGGCAGAGGAGAAAGGAGCGCGAAAUGCGGAAGAGGGAGCAGGAGCAGGAAAAAGAAAGGAAGAAGACCCUUGCCAAGAUGCUGAAAGCUCAGCGACCAGGGGAGUGCCAGAAAUACAUAACAGUGGUGCUAGAUCCAGUUCUCUUACAGGUUGAAGGUGGUGACCAGGUCCUCAGCGCUCUGCAGUCUAAGAAUUAUUCCUGUGUGGUUGAGAGUCAGGCUGUUCCAUGCAGCAUCACUUGGAGGAGACGGGCUGUAUUGUCUCAGAGUGAUGAAGAAAAUGAAUGGACAGAAGAACCAAAUAUCCUAGUUCUGCUUUGCUUGGAGGAGUUUUUGUUCAUGGUUCACAACUACAAACAAGAGACCCAGGGCUGCACAGAAGGACAGAAGGAGACAUUACAGAGCUUUGUUGCUCAUGUAAUGGAGAAGAUGCCUGGGAAGAUACUGGCACUGGUGGUAGUUGGAGUAGACAGUUAUUUCGACUCUCUCAGAACUCAGUCCAAAAAGAGGCUGCGACCAGAAGCAGUGAAUGGAGACCAAGCAGAGGAAAAGGGAAAACGGAGAAAAAGGAAAGCUAAGGAUUCUGGUCCAGAUGUGUCCAGACUGGAUGUGGAAGAUGCAUUAGUGGAUUUGCUGUUGCAGACAAAUGUCCAAGUCAGACUUGCUGAGAGCCCAGAGGAGCUCGCGGAGUUUGUCAGUAUGUUCACUAAAGCAGUGGCUGAAGCCCCAUACAAGAGAGAGCGGGAAAAUACAGGAUUCUCUUUCUGCGUAGAGAAUGAGGGGUGCAGAGGUGUGAAGGUGGAUCGCACCGGUAAGGGUCUCUUAGAAGUUUGGAAAAGGCAGAUACAGCAAUUUAACCGGGUCAGCCUUGACAUGGCAGAAGCUAUUGUGUCUGCAUACCCUUCUCCUCAGCUUCUGGUUCAGGCCUACAGCAAAUGUUCCUCAGAGGAGGAGCAGGAAAACAUGCUGGCUAAUAUCGUUGUGCGCCGUGGUGAGGGUGUGACAGCCACCACGCGACGCAUCGGACCAGAGCUCUCCAGACGAAUCUACCUGCAGAUGACUUCCCAUGAUCCUGAUCUCUGUUUGGAUUUCACAGAGUAACCCAAGGGAACGAGUAUUUUUCUGUUUGCCUGACUUAAAUAUUCAUCAUCCUAAAUGCAAUCAUGACUCCUAGUUUAAAGACUUAAAAAUCAAUUCAUUUUUAUCAUGGUAGAAGAAAGUUGGUUAAAAUUGCUAAUGGAUGGAGUCUACACAAGGAGCACAGCGAACAUCUCCCAUGGGACCCUGAUUUUGACAUGGCUACAAUAUUGAUAGUACCUUCCAAUUUGUAAAGAGCUACGUUCAUUUCCUAGGAAAUAAAUUGUAUCUAAUAUUCAUUACUUCUUGCAUGUAGGCUCGACUGAAAACAGUUAUGUGUUCUAAAGAAACUGUGUUUUUCUACUUGUACCCUAAACUGAAAGUAGUUACUUUUGCUCUCCAGUGUGAAAAAUCGUAAUGGAAGACACAACAUGCUGCUGUGGUGAGACAGAAGAGCUUUAUCUCAUGAAAUAACCCUGUUUAUAUUUUGUACUGUGGCAGAUGGGAAUGAGUAAGACUAAUUUUCAGAUAUAAAUU